AUCAUGGCUUCUUCAUCGAUACCCGUAGUGGAGCAGCCCAUCUUCACUCGCCGCAAACUUCGCGUUGUGGCGAUUGGAGCUGGGUUUGCGAACAUAAUGUUGGCUCACAAGCACAAAUAUGUUGGCGACAAUAGCUAUAUUGACCUUGUUGUUUACGAGAAGAAUCGAGAAGUUGGUGGGACUUGGCUCGAAAAUACGUAUCCUGGCGUAGCCUGCGACGUUCCAGCCCAUAUCUAUUGCUUUCCCUUCGCGCCAAAUCCAGACUGGUCUUCGUUCUACGUUGGCGGCCCAGAGAUCUUGAAGUACAUUAUCAAGACAGUGGAUGACUACAAACUGCGAGAGUACAUUCAGGUCAACACGAAACUCAUCGCAGCCAACUGGUCGGAUGACAAAGGCAAAUGGCUCUUGAAGCUGGAGCAAAACGGCAGCACGAUCACCGACGAAGCUGAUGUCCUCAUCAAUGGAGCCGGUUUUCUCAACCGCUGGGAGUGGCCAAACAUUCCUAACCGAGAAGCUUUCCGCGGCGAAAUGGUUCACAGUGCCCACUGGGAGACUGUCGACUGGAAAGACAAGAAGGUUGCUCUUAUCGGGAAUGGUUCAUCCGGAAUUCAGAUUCUACCGCAGAUCCAACAGACUGCAAAGCACGUCACAACAUAUAUCCGAACACCUACCUGGAUUAUUCCGAAUAUGCUUGCGGACGCGACACCGGAAGGAAAGAACUUCCAAUACAGCGAGGAAGAGAAACAACGCUUUCGCGAGAAUCCGGAAGAACUCAAGGCGUUGCGUCAGAAAUUGGAGAAUAUGUUCAACCAGUACUUUUUCGUUUUCAUGAAGGGUUCUCCCACGCAGGAGGCAGUUCGGGGUGCAUUCAGAGAUAUCAUGAAGCAGAGAUUGGGCGGGGAUGGAGAGCUGACCGAUAAAUUGAUUCCGCAGUGGCCUGUAGGUUGCAGGAGGAUCACGCCUGGAGAUGGCUAUUUGGAAGCGUUGACAAGUGCGAACGUGAAGAGCAACUUCAAUCCGAUUGUGAAGUUCACGGAGAAGGGAAUUUUGUCGCAGCCGGCCGCCGAUACGGAGCCUGAAGAGGAGGAGUUUGAUCUUAUCAUUUGCGCCACUGGUUUCAAUGUAGCGUUCCGGCCGGCGUGGGAGAUGACUGGCGUUAACGGGAUGAGCUUGCAGGAGCUGUGGAAAGAUGAGUCUGAAGGUUAUAUGGGAAUCAUUGCCCCGCAAAUGCCAAACUACUUUUCGUACACUGGGCCCAACAGUCCUCUCGGACACGGCAGCAUACUUGCAUGCUACGACUGGUGCGCGGAUUGGGUUAUGAAAUGGUGCGACAAGAUUGCCUGACAGGGAAUCAAGUCCAUCACAAUCAAGCCUGAUGUCCUUCGCGAAUUCAACGACUAUGCGCAGGAGUUCCUCAAGAAGACUGUCUGGUCAAGUGAAUGCAGAAGCUGGUACAAGAAUCACAAAACGGAAGGUCGCGUAACUGCCAUGUACCCCGGAAGCAUUCUACAUUAUCGGCAAAUGCUGCAGGCCUUUAGGACGGAGGACUUCGAUAUCGGUUAUUUGAACAAGCAGAAUCGAUUUGGGUUUAUGGGCAAUGGCAUCACGGAGUUGGAGGCUCAAGGAGGAAAUCUGGCUUUCUACCUGGAGAAAUAA